AUCACCACUAAUGGCCACUUCGAUGACAUCAACCCCAUGAUUACUUCUAUGGUUGCUGCAACGCCAACUCUCCUCAGAUCCAAACCCACCAUCCAUGGCUGCAAUGAGGUGCUACUGCCUUCCAUCUACUGCAACCGUUGUUCAGAGGAGGAAGAGUUUAAGGACGGCGAUGAUCAGAGCCUCCAUGGAUGCCUGCUCAAGUUCUGAAUCAAAGAAAAGCCUCAACUCUGUCAGCUUCACUGGCAAGAUCGACAAGGUUUAUGAGGACAAGAACAUGGGAAUCGUCUGCUACACCGAUGAGAAUGGCGAAUUGGUGUGCGAAGGCCUAGACGAAGGCCCCAGGCUUACCUGGCAGGUCAUGGAGGAACUGAAUAUGGAGAAAAAAACAAAGAGCCAAGAAGAUCACAGACAGAGGACACUGGCCAUAGAGGGUGCGAUUGACUGGAGCAGCCUCCACGCUGCUGUUAGCAUGGGGAAGAACUGGAGAAGGAAACUGACAAGCGACAAGCUUAGCAUGUUUUGUAAACACUAGAAACGUGGUGCGUUUUGUUUGCUUGCUUGCUUUGUAAUGGUUAUAAUAAGGAUCUUUGUGUUUAGGAUAGGAUUGCAGGAGAGAAGGAGCUGAUCUAGCUGGUCAGCUCCCAGUCUCUGAUGUAUAAGAGGAAGCAUGCCCAGAAUAGUUUGCACUGUUCACGCAGGACGUGAUCCGACCCUGAUUA